UUGGGAGGGACGCGGAUAUGAAAGCUUAGUCGAUCCCUUUGCCUUGCAACGAAAAUUACUUGGACAACGGAAAGUAAGUUAGCCUGUUAGUUCGCUGAAGUGCGGAUUCGUUUUUCUAGUGUGUUACGCAUAACUUUAAGUGUCAGAUGUGAGGUGUGACACUCGGUUUGUGCCUUACCGUCGUGGCUCCCUGUUCUGCUGAGUUGGGAUAACUUUUCAGCUGAGCUGCAGCGGCGGUUUGGGAUCCGCUGAUAAGAAGAAGGAGUCGACCAUGGAUUGGGGCACGGAACUCUGGGAUCAAUACGACGUCAUUGAAAAGCACACACUGUCUGGGUUGGAUCUGGUCGAGAAAUAUAUUAAAUUUGUUAAGGAACGCACAGAGAUUGAGCAAAACUACGCCAAGCAACUAAGGAAUCUAACCAAGAAGUACAGUCCCAAACGAGGCAGCAAGGAGGAGCAGGAAUGCAGGUUUUCAAACCACCAGUCCUUCCUGGACAUUCUGAACGAGAUGAAUGACUAUGCUGGUCAGAGAGAGCUGAUUGCUGAGAACAUGAUGAUGAACAUCUGCAUCGAGCUCACAAAGUACCUGCAGGAGCUCAAACUGGAGCGCAAGACGCAUCUAUCAGAUGGCAAAAAGGCCCAGCAGUCUCUGGAGAGCACCUACAAGCAGCUUGACAAUAGUAAAAAACGCUUUGAGAGAGAGUGGAGAGAGGCAGAAAAAGCAACACAGUAUGCAGAGAAGACAGAUCAGGACAUUAAUGCUACAAAAGCUGAUGUGGAGAAGGCCAAACAGCAGGCGCAUAUGCGCACACACAUAGCGGAGGAGUGUAAGAAUGACUACGCUGCCCAGCUGCAGAAAUACAACAAGGAGCAGAACCAGUUCUACUUCACUGACAUGCCUCUUAUAUUCAAUAAUCUGCAGGACAUGGAUGAGAGGCGCAUGCGGAAGUUGGCACAGGCCUACAUCCUGUAUGCUGACACAGAGAGGCACGUCAUGCCCAUCAUAGGGAAGUGCCUGGAGGGCAUCACCAGGGCUGGCACCAAUGUCAACGAGAAGAAUGACUCCUUGGUUCUCAUAGAGCAGCACAAGUCAGGCUUUGAGCGGCCUGGCGACCUGGAGUUUGAGGACUACAGUCAAGGCAUUAACCGAGCCUCCUCUGACAGCAGCCUGGGCACCCCCAAGGGUCCGCUGGAUCUGCUGGGCAAAAACAAAAGCAAACCAUUCUGGUUGUUCAGCAAGAAGAGCAAGUCUUCCUCCUCCCCGCUCACUCCCUUCUCCACACCCCCUGCUCCCUCACCCGCUAACGGACCCCCUUCUCCCAAGUUUGGCCGGGACCCCCUGUCAUACUGUUUGAAGGAGAUCAAUAAGACAGUCAAACCCCGAAUCUCCUCCUUCCGGACCCUUCGUAGAACGAAGUAUACCCUGGAGAGGAUCACGCCGGCUGCCACAGAGGACUUUGGCCACCUCCCGCCAGAGCAGCGCAGGAAGCGGCUACAGCAGAAAAUCGAUGACAUCAGUAAGGAGCUACAAAAGGAACUGGAUCAGAGUGAGGCUCUGGGGAAGAUGAAAGAUGUAUAUGAGAAGAAUCCUCAGAUGGGCGAUCCUGCCAGCUUGGCCCCACAGAUCACCCAGACUACCCACAACAUUGAGAGGCUUCGGGGGGAGCUCAGCAAAUAUGAGUCGUGGCUUGCAGGAGCUGGAGGUCGAGGAGAGUCUCUCCGUUACUCCACUCACUCACUGAACAACAAUACUGGCAACAAUGUGUACAGUCCUGAUGGAGCCCAGUCAGAUGAGAGCACUCCUGAUGCCUCACAGGCCAUCUAUGCUGAGUUUGACGAUGACUUUGAGGAAGAGGAGCUGUCUAUUCCUAUUGGCCAAUGUACAGCACUCUACAACUUUCCAGGCUCCAGUGAGGGCACCAUCGCCAUGCAGGAGGGUGAGGUUCUUGCUGUGGUGGAGGAGGACAAGGGCGACGGCUGGACGAGGGUGCGGCGAAACAACGGUGAUGAGGGCUACAUUCCCACCUCCUACGCCAACAUCACACUCAACAAGUGACCCAUUACAACCCCCCCCAUGCAGCUGCUUUACAGCGCCGUCCCCAGCCCUGGAGCACCUCCCCAUAACGGCUCAUCGUCUGCCACAGACCGCUGCUCUCUUCAGGGUUCUGAGAAAGAGAGACCGGGAGAGAUGGAGGAUAAUAUUAUAUGUGGAAUUUAUUCUGACAGGUGCUGGUCAGGUCAGCGAGUGAGAAAGUUGGAACCAUUCCAUGCAUUUUUCUUUUCACUCCAUCCCUCAGCCUUUCCCGUUCAUCAAAGACAGCCCGCAGAGUGGAUUGUGUUUGGAUGCUUUAGGCGAAUAGGAUCCGUACGACACGUUUCACAAAGUGCGCAUGGAAUCGGACAAAUGAUUAAUUCAUCAGCUUGAGCCUACCUUGUCAGCGCCGAUCAGAAGACGAUCACUCGUAACCAUAGCUACCCUCUCUCUGUCCCAUGCCCUGACCUUCUCGUUUCCUCACAGUUUUCCAGUUUAAAUAUUCACUCAGACAUAAUGCACAGGCCAUUGAGCGCCACUCCUUUGCAAAUGCCUGCCUACGUGUGCAAUUAUAGUGGAAUGAUUGAGCGUCUGUAUGAAAGAGAGAGAGAAGGAUAGAGAGCACAUUAGAAACCAAUUGAUAAGGUCAGACAUUUCUUCGUUUAUAAAUAUUAAUGGAGUAUUAAAUACUACAUACCCUGCAAUGCAAGACUGUUAAGACAAUCAGCGCCAUAAUUAAAGGGGAUUACCAUCAAGGAGUCAAAAUUUCUGCAUAAUUUAAGGGCUUACAUUAGAGGUGGUCUAUCCUGCCUCUAGAGUCUAUCGCAGUGGUCAUUGGGUAAAAGGCAGGAAUCCGGUCAUUGCUAUUGUCCAUAAUUCCGACCUUCUGUAGGACUGUACAUUUCACAACAACCUACUCUAAAUCAUUUUCUUCACAUCCUAUUCAUGUUAUUAUGCAGAAAUCUUUAAAAAUUGGUGAAAUUCUCCUUUAAGCUCCUAAUUUCAUCACAGCUUAUUACAGUUCCAUCUACAGAUAUUUUGCAAAUAUACGAUUUUGUGCUGAGAGACCAUAAGUUAUUCAUUGUUUUUAAAAAGAAUAUUAAAUAUUGUGUGGUCACAUGUCCAGAAAAGGUUACUGUACACACCGCAGUUUAUCAGCGAUUAACGUGUAAAUAAAUAAAAGAAAACAAAAGAUGUGCAACAUUUUAGGACUUUCAUAUUUAUGUAUAAGAAAUAAUAUAUUUUAGAUAUCACAACACCACUAUUGUCUUACUAGCGUUUUGUCCUUAAGGAAAAAGGAUUGUAUAGUCAGAGCCGGUUCCUGUAUGCAGUAGUUAAAAGUGAGGAAGACGUGUCGGGAUAUUUUAUUGCUGUAGUUCGCCUAAUUGAGCCAGAGUCUGCUCUACCUGCGAGGCAGUUUCUUAUGUCCAGGUGCCUUCUAGUUAAGCAUUGUGUAUGUAACAUUUACAGUACAGCUGUCUACUGUCCCUAGAGACUUUAUAAAUGUCAAGCACAUUUCUCAGAUGAUAAGGUGUCAUGUGUUUUAUGAUCCAUAUUUGUCACUGUGCUGAUAUGGUGACAAUUUUACUGUUUCUUGUAGUUUCCCGAUGUGAGAUGCCCAUUACUGACUUGUUGCUAGUCACAUGAUUAGUCAUAAAAUGUGCAUAAUGUCACUAUCCACCAUCUGCUGGGAUGAAGAGUCAUCUCAGGUCAGGCACAUCUGUCCACCAUUACUUCUUGUCACUGCAUGAAGUCCCAUGCUCUUUCUGCAAGCUUUAUUUUGCUUAAUAUUUCAUCAGGUUUUAAUGGAAAAUUCCACUUUAUGAUGGCUGUCCUGCUGCUGUUGCCCACAGUAAGAAUUUUGUAGUAGGUCAGUGAAAGAUAUGCUGCCUUAUUGGAGACAUUCUUUACUUCCCUGUGACUCACAGAUGCCCCCUUCUGAUGGUGAAAUGGGUUUGCUGUUAGCUUCAUAGCUAGAGGUCUGCAUGGGCAUGAAAGUGAAGCCUGAACUGACCCGUAUCUAUGACUUUUGAAACCUGACCCAACCAAACAAGGCCCGAGUCUUGCUGCUAAAUUUGCCACCCAAACUCGACCCAAACCUGUCAUGUGCUAACAGAGAUGGAAUAUCAGAGGUGGUUUUGCAGUGCUUUGUUUCCUUUGUUGCAACAUGCCAUUUUUACCGAUUUGCACAUCUGUAAAUACACUAACCGCAUUUAUCAGUA